AAAGAAAACCCCACAUGAGGGAGCGGAACAAAACCAGAGAAAAGGAAGGCCAAAGAGUCGAAAAGAUGGUUCGGAGAAAUCCUUUGCUCCUACUCUCCCUUUUCUUCUUCUCCGUCAGCACCUCCAUCUCUGCAGAGCUGAAAGCGUCUCCUUCGGAUCACGGAACCAGCGGGAGCAAUGGAGGGUUCCGUCGAAGAGUUUUACUCGGUUUCAAGGAAACGCCUAGCGGAAGUAACACAACCUUCGAUUGCGCUCCUUCCGGGGCCUGCGUACCCUGCCAAUACUCAGAGAAGAGCGAGCCAAAGUACCGAUGCAGUGAGACUGGGUAUCGUAUCCCGUUGAAAUGUGUGGAGAUAAAGGACGGUGUCAAACUUGAAAAACAAGGAAAAUCUAAGAAGAAUCGAUCUGAUCUGGACACGUCUGAUGAAAGUAGAAAUCAAGAGACUUCUUCGACUGAGGGUAGAAAUUUGGCGGAGGACUCAAAGAAACAAGAUGGCAGUGGAUCACAGGCUUACAUUACUUACAGAAGUUGUAUACCGCCUGUCGAUGAAGAGAAGGUUUCAGUGCUUGGUUUUGAGGGCAUUGUGUUGUUCUUCAUGGUUGCAAGUGGUUCAUUCGUGUACUACCGGAAGAAGCAGACAGGAACUAUGCCAGGUGCAGGUGAAAUUGGCAAAAUGAUCGAGUGUUGGACGAAAAUGAGCCAAAAAGGGACGAAAUGGUUGAAACAGUUCAGGAUAAUGGUUCACGACAUUUCUUCACGGUCUCACGACUUGGAAGAUUUAACCAAAUAGUAAACAUCAAAUGAUCCCAAGAAGAGCAAGACGUUUCAAGGGCAUUUUCAGACCUCACGGUCUCGGGGCGUGAAGAUUUCAACCAGGUCGGGAGGUGCGUUAGUGAAAUAGUGCACAUUCGAUCGACAUCACAGUUUUUCUACAAAGUUCAU